AUGGGGUUCGAUGUCCAGCAAGCGACUGUAGUCGUGAACAUCCUCGUCUGCUUUGAACCAGUUCUUGCCAUGAAGAUCCUUCGCCCAGAUGCCAAAGUCAACCACAUUACAUCAGUUCACCAAGCUCUCUUGGCGUACCUUCGUUAUGUAAUCGAACAAGUUCUUUCUAAUCCAGCCUGGCAUUUCAAUCAUCAUAAUUCUGAGGCGUGCCUCGGAUACAGAGCAUUCUGUUGGCUCCUGAGCUCCCUCCCAGGAAAUCUCCGCUACUCACAUUCACCUGUCUUCCAUUCGCGCUGGUUCAGUAACAAUGUUCCAGUCUGCUUCUGUAUCAAAGAUUGGGGAUCUGAGGCUGGUAAGCAUUGA